ACGCACUGGACGCUAUUUCACCAAACGUCAAAUAUCUUCGUGGACCAAAGACCAAAGACCGCACUCGAAGAGAGCGCCGGCGUCCUUGGCUCCUCCCCAACGGAGAGGACUUCUGUCUGCAACCUCUGAUGCAGCGCGCUAAUUUUUUGAGCAAAAAAGAGGUGCUAAAUGUUUUGUGUGCGUGUGUAUGUGUUGUGCCAUUGGUUUUUGGGUGCCUUUGUCGCUUGGGUCACCUUCCCUCUGCCGCAGAUGUCUGAUGCACUGCUCCCACUCGAGAACGAGCUUGCCUAUCAUGAACUAGUUCUCCCGUCGGCCGAUUUGCAUGGCGGCUGGUACGAAUAUUCGCUCGGCAACGUGGAUAGAGGAGAAGAAGGUCAAUUACCGCAGUCGCACCCGACUGCUCUCACAUGCACUUCUGGCUGCUACACUUUCAAGUGCGGACCAGAAGACAGGUUCAUCAUAUGGCGAUUUGAUGCCAACCUAUUAGAGCUGAUUGAGUACUCGCUCAAUUCGACUCUGAAGGGCAAUGCGAUUCGACUGAACUUCGAAUACAACAUCGUGCCAGACGUGAUGUUUCACGAAGUUGUAGAUUCGCCUGACAAGUCUGUCCUGGUCGUGAUCGUCACGACACGCUCUUUGGGACGCAUCAAUCUGCGUCGAUUGGUUUUUUCGCAUCCCAUCUGCGUCUCCGGUUUGCAUGGCGGCGAUGAGUCCGUAUCGUACUCGAUCUUUUAUCAUAGCUCUAAAGACGUAAGAAUGAUUGAAGAGUCCAACAACUUCGAUAUCGCGCUUCACGGCGGCAGUCCCGAUGUUCCCGUUCUCUGCUCAGCCUUUGACGAACAGAGGGUGUUAGUUGGCUGCUUCUCGGGCUCCAUAAUCAUGAUCAAGCUGGGAGAACUCUAUUCUUCCGCCCCACAUACCGAGGUGAUUCUGGGUAUCUCUGGAUUUGGCCUGGAUUCUGUACUCGGAUUUUUGCCUUUUUUUUCGAAAAAAAAGGCCUCCGUGGCGGGACUCGCCGUUCAUCGCUGGCAAGAAGACAACUUUGUGUUCAGCUUGACUGUCGACGGAAAACUCUGCGUGUGGAAACUCGAAUCACGUAACUUGAAGUCCAUUCAAGUAGAGGCAGUUGGAGGGGGACUUGACGAUUCCUGCACGGGAUUUUCAAUGCGAUUUAUACCCCCUCUUAGCGAUAGAUCUGAAUCAGAUACGUUCAAGUUAGUCGUGCUCGAAUGUUUAAAGAACGAAGCUUACUUGCACGUUUUCAAAGGUAAAUACACCGCUAAAACUCACUCCGUGAAUCUGAUCCCCUCUUCUGUAAAUCACUGUGAUCAAGGCGAUCUCGUGAUCGACUUCGGGGUAUCCAGGAUUUGUCCAACCUCUCCCAACAAACAGACCGAGCUCCUCUGGGUACUGUCUCAAGGGAUGAACGAGCGCGAACAAGACUACGUUCUGAAAUAUUUGUUGAUAGAGCAAAACCUCCAGCGCAUCACAGAUUUCUGGUGCGAAGCAAGUCUGGACUCGCCAUUUCACGGCUUAGGGUCAUUCAUUACCGAUCGUUUCGACGAAGUGUACAUGGACACUAUGCUCGAACCCGGGCGCUUCGACCCGUCAACAGUUUGGAAGGCACUCUACUAUUUUACAGAGGGUCAGAUGCAAGUCAAGCCGAUUGUAACCGCCGGUCCAUCCGGGCUUCGACAAGCGCUGUUCGACGAAAUCCGACUCUACGCCAUGAAUAUGACAAAACAGGCCGAGUCCCUGGUUCCAAAGGAUCCCUUCUCGGCUCAGCUCCCGGGAAAUAACACCGUUCCAGGUCAAACGGCACCCUCUGAAGAAAAAGAUGACGCCACGUUCCAAAAAGCCUUACGCUCCGCCUGGAUGAAGUUUGUUGAAGUAUUUCUGCAAGUAUGGAGAAAGGACCACGAAUGUCUGAGACUGGUGCACAUUCCCAUCCAUGGUGGACUGAUGGUUUUGAUCAAGAGGGAAUUCGUCUCUUUCGUCCUCAAAAUGUCUGUUCUCGAAGGAAUUGUUUCCUCUCCACGGUUAGAAAACACAAAUAUAUCUCAUUCUGUGUUAGAACGCCAAUUCUUUAAGAUUGAGAAGCGAACUGGCCUUCGUGACCUACCUCGGCAGAUUUAUCAGCUCGUUCAAAUUUUAGACGACCUGGCACUCGAAUUAGGACAUGAGGUCUUUUUGAACUUCGAUCGAUCUUUGUUUCAGCUGAUGGACCCCAUCCACGCAGUCAUGUCCGAUAUUGAAGAACUGCUAGGGGGAUUACUAGAACUUCGAGCCGCGCCCAACAGCACGACUCGUCAGACCCGAAGAACAUUCCUUCGCGUCUUGUCUCAGCGCCUACAGGCCAUCUCCGAUCCUGUACGACUUGUGUCACUUAUGCUGGAAAUUUUGAGGGCUACCGAAGUUGUGGACUUGAACAAACUGCUCAGCAGCAGAGAAAAUGAAUCCACUUUCUUGCACCACUCUUCUUGGGACCACCAUCCUCAACAAAAGACAGUAUUUCAAUCGAGUCUUAUGAUGCACGUAUUCUGGUGGGAAUACAAACACCGAGUUCACACAAACUACGACCUGGUACGGAACUGCUUAUACUUGCUGAUUUUGAUAACCCAGCAGCCGAGUUUGAAAAUACUCCCCGGACAAACUGAAGUUCAAGAGGUCAUUGCAACCCUCUCUUCCUUAGUCAAAAAGUACUAUUUGUUGAAGUGGACAUCUACUCACUUCACUGCCCCCGUUACCCAAGAGAUAUUCGGGACCUUGUUACAAGGUUCGGCUGUGCAAAGCUAUCCCUCCUUCGGUCCGAUUUUCGAUCGGCUGAAUUAUCAUCAAACUGCGAGGCACAGACACCCUUCAAACCUCUUUGAACUAGUUUACUACGAACUUGUCGAACCUCUGCUUCAUUGGAAUGUUCAGACGGUCGAAGACAACUCCCCCAAUCUGAGUGGCCUGGCGAUCCACCCAGCUAUCCAAACGGUGACCUCCUUGCUCAUUGAACUGCUUUGUACCAGCUCGCAGCGCGGAAAGAAUCUAGCACCACUCUUGCUGAGCCAGAGACAGUCGUUAAUCUUGAACGAAUACCUCCGGCUACUGAGAAAUAAAUCUGCCUAUUGCCUGUACUUGAUGGGACAAUGCCACCUGGAAAUGGGGCAGGAUGCCAAGGCUAUGAAUCUCUUUAUCGAAGCAGCGACGAAGCUGAAGACUCUAGGAGAGGAAGAGCUCCUCUGCGAAUAUAUCGACCUGAUAAUUGGGCGUGGGAAGAGUUCUGGAGAAUCUAAUACGCUCAGAUAUUGGCUAUUUUUACUUCAAAUGCUAGAAGAUCGGCAAAAUUUUCAUAUGGGUAUCAAACUGGCAACCAUUGCUCAGCAGGAUGCAAGCUCUGACGAAUCCAAAGCCUUUUUGUAUUGCUGUGCUUUCAAGUACGCCCUAAGUGUCGGUCAUUAUGAACACGCCUAUUUGUCCAUGAUCAGCAAUCCGAUAGAAGAUCGUCGGUUGAGCUGCUUGAAACGAUUGCUGUUAGCCAUGAUCAAGGAAGACAAGUUAAAAAAAAUGGUCAGCUAUCCCUUCGUUGAUUUGAUCUAUCACGUUCAUGAUAUUCUGAUUCGCGAAGCCCGAGAAUCGGAUUUGUACCAAAACCCGAACUAUUAUCAUGUUUUGUACGCUUUCCACGUGUCGAAGUCCAACUAUCAAGAAGCGGCUAACACUAUGUGUCAGUAUGCUAAUCGCCUCAUGCGAGUGCAGCUCCGCCCCCUAGACCUGGAGCGAUACUCAUCGGCUUUGCUGAUGAUUCUUUAUGUCGCCAAACUCAUGCGGCAUUCGCACGUACCUCUGGCCAUCUCAGACGGGCAGGAUGAGGAAACAGCAAGCAUUCAGUAUUGCACGCUAGAACAACUGGAAAAACAUUAUUGGCUAAUCCACUAUAAUAGGAAACUUAUUGAAAGAACACCUUUAAGCGAAGCGUAUAACAAGGCCUAUAAGCCUCCUGAAAAAAUUCUAAAACUGUUGGCGCAGGAAGAGAUGUUUGACCAUGCCUAUUCAUUUGCCUCUAUUUUCGGUUUGCCUAUGACUGAGAUAUUUUCUAGACAUACCUUGUAUUGUCUCAAACAGCAGUGUUCCAUAGACACCCCUAGGUUGGAAUUAUGGAAUCCUUUGAAAACACACCUGUUUCAAUACGAUACACCCGAAACAGGAUUUCAAUAUCACACAACGGUUGCGAGCACUAUCUUGGAUACAGACAGACGUAUUCAACUCCCUCUAUGGCUUAUCUUGUCUUUCAAGGGCGAGCUAACUGGCUCUAGUGAACCUUCUCAGCGUGUCCAAGACAAAUCUUUUUUGCUGCUAUCCAUCUACCUUAAAUACGACCUUCUCUUUGAUGCAGGCCAGUUGAUCUUGUAUAUGGUCAAGCAUGCCUCUGACGCAUUUAGCCGUGAUACCAAUCCUCACUUCAUGCUACACUAUCACUUAAUUGAUCAAUACCUUUCUCGUAUCAAGGAGAUCUUUACCUCACCUGAUUACGCCACAUAUAAGCCCACAGACUUAAGCUGUGACCUUGCCGCCUCUAUCGAACAACAAAUCAUUCGACACCUCAACGACUAUUUUGAAAUCGUACAUUCUAAAACCAAUAGCGUUCCGAAUGAACCAUUGGAACCUCUUGAACCUUCGAAUACAACCUAGCUUGUUCAAACACUCCACCUUUUUUGUCAAUCAGCACCUCUAAAAUGCUGUGUACCUCCCUGCCUAAUCAUGCUUGUAAACGAAUUUAAGUAUAGUACGAAUUCUUUAUCUUGAGCGAAUCUAUAGUGUCUAAUAAAUAUAUAUCUCAGCUUUUAGA